AUGAUCCCCAACCAGCUGAAGGUCAGCUCUCCAGUUUCCAGGCAGGAAGACAAAAUGGAUGGCAGGACUGGCUUUGAGCAGGACAGAGGCCGUGCCACUUCAGGGCAUGGCCAGGGGCUGAAUUCGGAGCCCUAUUUCCAGACUGACUCUCUCUUGCCUUCCUCCAAUGCAUCCCUCAUAUCACAGUUCCUCAGCCACCCGAUGUUUGGCAGGAGCCUGGAUUCCACCCUCCUUUUCCCUUCCUCUCAGGCAGUGGCCCUGCCUCAGGACAAGUGUGGUGCAUCUCCUGGAGAAGGAGCACAAGCCCUGCCUUUCCCCAGGACCCGUGCCUCGGCUCCCAUGCCCUAUGCUAGUGAUGGGGACCAGCUCUCCAGCCAGCACCUACGAGCCAAGAGGGCCAGGGUGGAGAGCAUCAUCCAAGGCAUAAGCCUCCCGCCAACCCCUCAGGCAUUUGACACCAGCCUGGAGGCAGCUUUUAGGCAUGAGAGGGAGAGAGGUGGUGAGAUGCCCUGGGAGAACAAGAGAAAGCUGAGGGUGCCCCAGCAGGGCCUGGGGGUGGCUGGACGAGUGGCCCCCAUGGGUGGCAGCUCCCAUGCCAAGGGCGGCAGCUCCCAUGCCAAGGGCUGCCAGCAGCUGAAGGAGCAGCUCUGCUUUUUAGAGCAGCAGCUGAGGUGGCUUCAGGAAAAGUUCUGCCAGGUCUAUGACUCUGCGGAUGCUGCUCAAACCCAGGAAGAUUCCGAGAAAGUGCAGCCACUUCCUGAAAGGCCUAGAGACAGACUGGAUAAGGACAGUGCCACUGUCACUGGCAACCCCUGCAAAGCACCUCUCUGGAGGAGCAUCUUGGAGGUGUGUAGGCUGGAGGAGGAGGACAAAUGUGAUGCAGGUGGCCUGCCCACGGCAGUGAGGGUCCUCUCGCAGGCACUGAAGCAUGAGCUGGCCGGGGUAACGUCCCAGGUGGUAGACUCUGUCCUGAAGACUGUCUGGCCAAAGGCAGCCAGCCACCUCCAACAGCAGCACAACAGCUGCCUGGUGCUGAGGCCAGAUGCCAGGAGAGAGUAUUUUACUGGUGGGAAAUGCAGAAAGCCACUUGCUAAGCCAUCUCCCAUGAAUGCGCCAGGCUCACUGGGCUCAGCUCAGGCUAAAGUCCUGUCAGGAACUUUGGAAAAGAGCCCGGGCUCUCAUGCUGGCUCCUUCAGUUCAAAGGGCAUCAGAAAAUCCUCUCAGAUACCCAGCAUGGGUUAUUCACUGGGCCCGGUCACCCCUGUCCAGGACAGCCAGCUGUUGAGCCAGCUGUUGGACUAUGGUCAGCACAGCCUCUGGGGCACCGACUCUCAUGGGAGCCCAUCUGCUCUGGAGAGGUGUCCUCCAGAGCCCCUCAGCUUACACUGGGGAACCGUCAAACUGAGGUCGUCAGUCGUGAGACAGCAGCAGCACCAUCCCCUGCCCCUGAGCCCUGCCAACAUGGAGAGUCUGGCACUGCUGCCGAUGCAGGAGGCACUGACCCCUGGCCACCUGAAGAAGGCCAAGCUGAUGUUUUUCUUCACUCGCUACCCCAGCUCCACUCUGCUGAAGACAUACUUCCUCGAUGUGCAGUUCAGCCGCUGCAUCACCUCCCAGCUCAUCAAGUGGUUCAGCAACUUCCGUGAGUUUUACUACAUCCAGGUGGAGAAGUUUGCCCGACGGGCCCUGCUAGAGGGUGUUGUGGAUGCUUGCACCCUCCAGGUCUCCCGCGACUCAGAGCUUUUCCGUGCCCUUAACAUGCACUAUAACAAAGGGAACGACUUUGAGGUGCCAGGGCGGUUCCUGGAGGUGGCCAGUCUGACGCUGCAGGAGUUCUUCAGUGCUGUCAGGGCAGGCAAGGACGCCGACCCCUCCUGGAAGAAACCCAUUUACAAAAUAAUUUCUAAACUGGACAGCGACAUCCCGGAAGGGUUCAAAGCUGCUGGCUGCUCCCAGGAACUGCUCCGCAGCUGAGUCUCUGUGAAAGCAGCCCCAGAUCCUCUGUGCAGCCAUCAUGUGUUUAGUACCUCAUGGGCACUGUGCACAGCAUACAUUAUUCAGAGUACUCUCUCUCUGACCUGUAAGACAGCUCCUUG